AUGUCGGACCCUUUCAACCCGUACUACCGCGGAGCCUUCGCUGGCGGCGACAGUGCGCCGCCGCCGCCGCCGCGUUACUCGGACUUUGAGGUCGACCUCAUCGCGUCCCGUUACACCGGCACCCCAUCGCCUUAUCCAUUCUCUGCCGACGUCGGCGCCUUCGACUCGCAUCUCGGUGCGAGACGAUCCGCGGAAGUUCUCUAUCACCAAUCUUUUAUGGGAAGUCAUAGUACUGUUGGCCAGAGUGAGGCUUUAUAUUCAUCAAAUACUAUGGCUAAACGCCCUAGGUUUGAAAGCAGCCUUCCUAUAUAUCCACAACGACCGGGGCAAAAGGACUGUGCCUUCUAUAUGAGCACUGGAACCUGUAAGUAUGGAGAGACCUGCAAAUUUGACCAUCCACAAUGGGUUCCAGAGGGUGGGGUUCCAAACUGGAAAGAGGUCCCAAAUGUUGAAGAUUCUUAUCCUGAGCGACCAGGGGAACCAGAUUGUCCUUAUUUAUUGAGUAGUAGAUGUAAGUUUAAAUCUAAAUGCAAGUUCAACCAUCCGAAGAAAAUGGUGAAUGCAUUAGCAACAGGAACAGACAAUGAAUCACUAAUUGCUGAUAGCGCUAUCUUACCAGUGAGGCCUUCUGAACCCGUUUGUUCGUUCUAUGUAAAAACAGGCAAAUGCAAAUUUGGUGCCAUUUGCAAGUUCGAUCAUCCAAAACCAAAAGAUAUUAAGACAGCACCUUUGAUUGCAAAGGAAACCAUAUAUACAGCAACAACUGAUGCAGCAGCGCACAUUGGUGCAGCAGAUGAUUCAGUUCCAGCAAAGACACAUGCACCAACUGCCCCAGCCGAGGCGCAUAAUGCAAAAGGGCUUCCUAUAAGACCAGGUGAAGUGGAUUGCUCGUUUUAUAUGAAGACAGGCAGCUGCAAAUAUGGUUCUAUUUGUCGCUUCAACCAUCCUGAUCGGCCAGUUGUUGAUAUAGCUUUUAUGGCUCCACUGGUUCAAGGUACCCUUCCUUCUCCAGCACCCAUUGUCCCUGCAGUGGUGCUAAAUCCGGCUGCAAAUUUUCUACAAAGCUUUGAUUUUCAUGCAACUCACGUGCCGGUUGAGCCUGUGCCAAUGAUCUAUCCUCAAAGGCCUGGAGAAAUUGUUUGUGAUUUUUACAUGAAGACAGGAUCUUGCAAGUAUUCUCAGAAAUGCAAGUUUCACCACCCUAUUGACCGGUCUGCACCUCAUUCCAAAGAAAACGGGGAUCCUCAGCAGCCUGUGACACUUGGCCUUCCAAGGAGAGAGGACGCCGAGGCCUGUGCCUUCUACAUGAGGUCUGGCACGUGCAGGUUCGGUGUGCACUGCAAGUUCGACCACCCUCCUCGCCAGGAGGCUAUUUCCAAGCUGCAGGCAGCCGGAAAGGAAGGAAUAGAAGGGCUGAGCGUCGUCCUGCACGACCCUGAUGUCUAG